AUGCUUUUUAAGAGGAGAGCCGACAUGGAGGAGCAGGAAAGCAUCCUAUGGGCUGACGAGGAGACCACCUCGAUUUUAGCCGCAUACGAGCAGGGCGCGAUAUAUCGGACGUGCAGAGGACCCGAGGUCUCUGCAGCGCUAGCGCUGCGGGCGUCACACCACGGCGAUUGGUUUGCAAUUGAGAUUCCGGGAUGGCAGACAGGGCACUACUACUUCUACUCCUCAGAGUGGAAUUCCCCGGCCCCAAGGUUACUCCGCGGGAUGCCAUGGCUCGUCGGUGACGAGAACGACGAGCGAGCUGCUGCUGGAUUGUACGCUUCCGCAUUGGGAGCGAUGCAGUGUUUGCCCGUCAAAGCGAAUGCGAAGUAUCCUCCGAUGUCAAGACACCGGCUCAGCGCGCCACACUCGGCUUGGCGCAGGCAGCAAAUGACCAGGGCGCCUCCAAUAAAGGCGGCGCCCGCGAUAUCACGUUCGUACGCUCGUGCUGGAUGGAUCGCCCAGGAGUGGGGAUACCGGCCAACGCCCGAGGGCGUUUACUCGCCUAGCGACGAGGCCGGCGUACGUACUAACUCCGACGAAGGGGGCGGGGCGGCCGAUCGGGAGGGCGAUCGCAUAUCAUGUGUGGUCCCCCCUUUGAACCUCCUGUCGCAAUGCCCAUGUGCUCAGCAUUCCUCGCCUGGGCGGGGUAGUACUCUGCUCAUUGCGACUGUUUUGUCUUGCAUCUAUACAUUGUGUCCUAUCCCGAUCGCGCGCGAGGCGUGUUUUGUACGCGGAUUGAUGCAGCGAGAUUGUGUGCACUGGAGAUGCAAGGAUGCUGCAUGCGAACUCCUUGCAACUGCAGCCUCUACAGCAGGCUGGGAUCUUAGAUUGACCCGAGCGCCGCUUUGCGGCAUCACAGCCCAGGAAUGUGAAUGGCCAUGGAUCCAUGGAUUGUUUCUCCUUUUACCCCGCGCCUGA